UUCAUCAAAAAGGACCCCAACUCUCCGGCCCCCGACUGGCGUUGAAGUGGCCGGCGAGCGAAUCACGCCGUCUGGCGUGCGAUACGAUACGAUUGAGGAGCAACGUCUGACAGGCGCGAACGCGCAGAGCAAGUGGAUAUAUCCGACAUACUUUGGAGGCGUUGCGACUUCUAGGAUCAAGCCUUUAUGCACUUGACCACUCCUUCCACCGAAGCGGACCCGCCACUUGCGCAGGCACAGAUCCAUUUCCGCCAUGGUGCUGGACGAUACUCCGAAGAAGCUGAAGCUGGCAGCUCGUCAUCGGAGGCUGCAAAGUUCCCAGCGGAGACUUUGGGGCGAGCAAGAGCGGGUCGCCAUUGCAAACCGUCCAGCAGUUGUUCCGAACUGUGUCACUCUUGGACUUGUUGCGCGCAUAGCGAGGCGCAGAAUCUUAUUCUCUACAGUACAGCGAGGCGUGUUAACCUUCGAAUGUUGCAAUAAUGGUCAGCAUGCUCGCGGCCUCUUCUUCCAAUUGCAUUGUUUCCUUCCCUGCGAUCGGCUUCACCGUCGGCGGUAUCAUGGCGCGGCCUUCGAGCGGAGAGAAUUCAUUCCUGGAUUCACUCGCUACAGCAACAAUCGUCUUCAACCUGCCCGUCUCGAGGCCGGACCCACACUAGCAACCAUUACAACCGCCAUCGCCACCACAACGUACUCCAUGCCGAGCAUGCCGCCGUCCGUGCAACCGCUCUCCAUUUCGCUCGACUUUUUCGACAUGGCCGACAUGAACGCGGAGCAUCACACGCCACUGUCCUCGGCCUCCUCCUCCUCUUCGUCGGAGCUCAGCAAGCCCAGUCCCUGUCGGAAGCUCAAGAAGCGCAGUAGCCCCAAAGUUCUCUCGACCAAGCGGCUCUCGAACGAGGAGAAGCAAGCCAAGAAUCGACUCUUUGUCAAGCGCUGCUACUACAAGAAGCGCGAGGCGCUCAAGAAUCUACGCGAGGAGGUGGCCCAGCUCGAGGGCGAAUUCGCCACCGUGCUUCAGCACUGGCAGGAGCGCAACGAACACUCCGCCGAGGCCUUCCGCGACGGCAAGCGCCACAUCACACCACAGGAUUUGUACGCUGAGCUCACGAUCGUGCGGAGUUCGCUGGUUGAGGAGCAGCAGCGACUAAAUCUGCGCCUCGCGGACCGCCACCUCUUCCGUCAGCGUCUGCAGCAGCUCUACGAGCCCACGCGAUGAGCGCAGGUUGGUCGACCAGCAGUUUUUCACAAGCCCCAUCAUGUUUGUAUCGAGCGUCUCCCGGAGAGCAACGCUGUUUUUGUCUUGGAGCAAAAUCUACCUCGUGUUGUACCCUGCAUGCCGCCCCCAUCCGGUCAAGCAGGCGGGAUCCGCUUACUAUUUAACGAGAGAGAGGAGGUUGAGUCCGAUAGCCGUCGACUCACCAUUUAAGAAAUCAAUCGAUGCCGUCGGCUUUGUAGCUGAAUAUACAUGCACCUCUUUUCACGUUUCACA